GAAUCUCGAAUUCGAAUUUUAAAAUUACGAAUUCGAAUUUUCAAAUUUCGAACUUCGCGAAAUGGAGAGUGCUUGAAAUUGGUGCAAAGUUCUUUGUGUUCGAUCGCACAUGUCUGGAAUGAGAUAUGUCCCAACCGUCAUAAGCAUGUCAAGACCAUGUCAAUGACAUGGCGGCCUUACCGAACGUAUGGACCGGAAGUUGGAGGACCGGAAGCUGGCGACCGGAAGUGCUGUUACUGGUGCUGCUGAGCUGCAGCCAUGGUUACCAGGAGCAGAGUUUCGUGAGGGAGCCGAGUGAUCAGGAAGCGAUAGUGGGCUCCGAAGUGAUACUUCCCUGCCGAGUAGAACACAAAGUCGGGGCGCUGCAAUGGACACAGAACGACUUCGGUCUCGGCACCAACAGGAAUCUCAGCGGCUACGACCGGUACCUGAUGAUCGGGAGCGACGAAGAAGGAGAUUUCUCCUUGAAGAUACAAAACGUGACUCUGGAAGACGACGGGGACUACCAGUGCCAAGUGAGCUCGGGGUUAAAUGGAGAGCCAGCCAUACGUUCCCGCUACGCCAAACUAACAGUGUUGGUAGCACCAAAUCCGCCUAGGAUCGUGCAAGGCGCUUUCAUAGAUGCAACAGAAGAGCAACCAGUAGAUAUAGAAUGCGUGUCCGUUGGCGGAAAACCUGCGGCUGAGAUCACGUGGGUCGAUGGCAACCAACAAGUUAUCAAGAAGAACGUAAAAACGUCGGAGGAACUGCUACCAGAUGGCCAAAAGUAUAAAACCAGGUCCAUAUUGCGGUUGACCCCCAGCAAGGAUCACCACAAGCAGACAAUCACCUGCCAAGCGCAGAACACCGCCGACCGAGCCGCUAGGAUGGCCACUGUUUAUAUCGAGGUCAGAUACGCCCCAAAAGUGAAACUCUCAAUCAGCUCUGGCGCUGUAGACGGGCGUUUCCCCGAGGGCUCGGAGGCGCGACUGAGAUGCGAUGUAGACGCCAAUCCAAGAGCUCAAGUGUACCGGUGGUACAUCAACAACAGCCCUGUUGUUGGAGAUUAUACUGAGGAAAUGAUAAUCUUCAACGUGACUAGGAAAUACCACAACGCAGUGGUGAAAUGUGAAGUGAGCAACUCCGUGGGGAAAAGUGAAGAGACUGUUACAUUAGAUGUGACAUAUCCACCAGUCUUCCGGACAAGGCCCCGCGACGUCGAAGCAGACGAGGGUUCCACCGUCAGCCUCCACUGCGAUGUGGACGGCCAGCCCAAACCCGAGAUAAAGUGGGUGCUUCAUGAGCCUGGCCGGAUCGCGCAGCCUAAGGGGUCCGAACCGACCCUAAAGAUAAAGAGAGUUGACGAGCAAUCUGCAGGCAGAUAUGUCUGCAUUGCCAAAGUGGAAGGAUAUAAUGAAAUCAGGAGCGAAGCUACGGUUUUCAUUAAAGGACCGCCAAAGAUUCUUUCCAACAGGACACAAUUUGGCGCAGAAGGGGAGAUGGUGACGAUAGAUUGUGUCUUCCUUAGUGUUCCUAAAUCUUUCGACAUCAUAUGGUAUUUCGAAGGUCGAGAAAUCAAGCCUAUUGAGAACCCGGAAUACGCACCCUUUGAACAAGACCUGGGUGAUGGAAUAGUGAAAGCAAGUUUAGUGAUUAGAGCGAGCCAAUCGAAACAUUACGGACUUUAUAACUGCAGUGUCACUAAUGAUAUUGGGAACGCUAAUGCUGGAAUUACUCUUAAACCUAUAAAAACCUUACCUCUCUUCAUCAUUCUCAUUGGCGUCACAUCAGGCAUCAUCGUCUUCUCCGCCUUCAUCAUUCUCCUGGUCAUCUGCAACAGGAGAAGGAGACAGAAGAGUCAGCAGAUGAGCGAGAAGCCAGAUGUCACUGUUACCACUUGCGAUAUGUACAACAAGGAGAGCGAUAGGAGCUCGAAUAUUAGCGAUUUGAAGUUGCAGUUGCCUCAUGGGGAUGGUAGUUAUGAGUUGGACUACACCAGCUCAGAUCGAUCCGACUCAAAACUACAGUCAGGCCUGCCAUUGGCCGGGCCUGUGACUCUACCGAGCAUACGACUGGACGAUCCUCUGAUGCAGUUCAGAUACAGCAACGACUAUUCUGAUCCUGCUUAUAACGAAAAUUAUUACAAGAACCCGGGUGGGUACGUGUAUGACUAUCCGCAGGGAUACGCACCGCCGAACAACCUGAGGGUACAGUCGCCGGAACCUGCUAACAGGUCACUUCAAGGCUCAUUGACGCGUUCCAUCGACACAGCUUCAACGUUACCGUUGUCAGCCGGCAAUGCAUCGCAGAAUAGUUCUCUGCAACGAACGAAAACUCAAGACGAGACUGACGCAAUCAAUAAUUUGGGCCUGCCAGUUGGUGGCGACACGCCACCGAUCUACGCGAAAGGCGUGGACUUGCGGUACGCGGCCACAUACGGGAACCCGUAUCUAAGGAACAGUUCACAUGGUUACCCAAACCAAGUCCACACAGCAAAACCGGCGUCCACACCGGCUCCGCCGCCGUACUCCGCCGUCCGGAGUUCGGUGGUCAUGCCAUCAGGUCAGUGAGGUAAUGGCAACCAACCGGCGCAGGGUACACAUGUAUAGCAAAUGCAUGAAACACGUUUAGUGUAAAAACAAUGCUGUUCAGUGACGUCAAAGCGUGGCUUUUGGUACCUCGCCCCCCGCUCGGAACUAGGGCGGCAGUGGGGACUUAGAGGGGAGUGUGCCGUGCAUAAUCAUUGUAAACGUGUUCCUAAAAUAGAUUUUUAAUGUAUGACUGAAUGUAAAUAAUUAGAUAGUAGAUAUAUAAAACAAGUAAAAUGUAAUUUAAAGUGAAAGUUGGAUUGAAUCUAUUCUGAUGCAGCUCUUAAAAAAUUAUAAUGAAAUGUUAUAAAUGGAAAUUUUAUAAGUAUCAUCGUUCAAUGUAUAAGAACAAUGAAAUAUGUUUGUAAUUGAAUUGUUUUUUCGAAAUAUGGAGCAUGCAAGUAAAAUUUUUAUUCUGCUUUAGCCAGAGUCGAUUGUAUUUAGAUUAUCUUUGUGCCGUAUUGUAGGUAAAAUAGUUUUCAAUGUUUUAAACAUUUUGCAUUUGUAAUUUAAAAACUUGUAAAUAUUAUUAUUAAAAUAGAUUACCCAGAUUUGUACAGAUUUUAAGUAGAUUUGAAAAACUUCGUACCACCAAUUGUAAUUAUAAAAAUGGCCCUUAUUCAUUAAAAAUAUUUAUAAUUAAUAUUGUAUUAUAAAUAAUGCUGUUGCUCAAAUAACAAAAUCGAUGUACGAUUCCAAUUUAAUUCCAUUAUUAUUAUAUUUAUAAAAUAUAUAAUUGUAUAAUAAUUCUAGGAAUAAAACAGACUGAGAAUGUUUUGUCAAAAUUUUUGAUAUGAAAACUUCUUGAAUUUUCAAAAAGAAAUUUAAAAUUUUAAUUUUUAUCAUCUGGCCCAUAGAUAUUAUAAUUUAAGUAGAUAAAUCAAUUUAUAGGAAAUAAAUGAUGAAACUAUUAAAGGAAGUUCAUCUUUUCUGUGAUAAACGAAAUAGUGUCGGAUAGGUUUCAAUUCGAAUUUUAAUUUGAUUAUUUUAGAAUCGUCCGAAAUAUACAUGAUUAAAAACGCAUUGUAUUUACUGAUGUGCAAAGUUUAUAAAUUUCGAAAUUUACACAUGGGAUAACUUCGGAAGCUUCUCAUAUUUUAUUUGGAAAUCGAAGUUUUCCGUUUACAAAAUAAAAGUUUUCUUUGUUUCCUGUGAAAUAUUUCUGAAGUUACCGUGAACUUUUCCAACGUUUCGGAAACUUUUCGCAACUUGCACAUCUUUUAUUGUAUUUAAAUUCCAUACAAUUGUUUUUAUUAUAAUAAAAAACAAAAAUGUAUAAAAAUAAUGCAUGCCAGUGUUUUGUUAUUGCAUGCGAAAUUGAUUUGCCAUUAUUUCCGUAUAUUGAAUAAACCUUUAACUGAAAAA